GAUCUAUGGUCAAAGCUAGCAAAACGAUACGCGUCAUAUCCCCGGCUAAUCUUCGAGCUCAUGAACGAGCCUCACGAUCUCAACAUGACAAUGUCGGCUUCUACCGUGCAAAAAGUCAUAACAGCCAUUCGUGCGACUGGUGCGAAUAGUUCCAUUCUGGUCCCCGGCACGGGGUUCGAAUGACUUCGAGAUUGGGUCGACUUCUCGUUGGCGUACAUUGGGCCCGGGAAGCUGCACGAUCCGCAAAAUAAUUUAAUUUACGAUUUCCAUCAGCUCUUUGACGAUGAUGGAGGAGUAUGUGGCCUGUGCAAUCCGUGGUACGCUUUCCGUCCGACUUUCCAGCAGGUCACAGAAGCCCUGCGAAAUGGUAGCGCACGCGGCAUUCUCACCGAGUUUGGGGUCCUCCCAAGCGUGGAAUGUGUCGAGCUGUUCGCAGGUUUGUUGACCUUUCUAAAUGAGAACAGUGAUGUCUGGGAAGGCUGGACAGCCUGGGGCGACUUCAAUCCG